AUGAAGAACAUGGAGCGGGAGCUGCUGUGCCCUGUGUGCAAGGAGAUGUACAAGCAGCCCGUGGUGCUGCCUUGCAUGCAUAACGUGUGCCACAUCUGUGCCACCGAGAUCCUGCUGCAGCAGGGCUAUGUCUGCCCGGACCCCACCUCCGAGCCCACCUCGCCAGCUUCCACACCCGCUACGAGGAGCCCCCGCCUAGGACGCCGGGUUGUGCCCAAGCCAGAGCGCCUGGACCGGCUCCUCAAAUCAGGCUUCGGCACGUACCCGGGGCGGAAACGAGGCGGCAUUGUGCACCCACAGAACGUGCUGUUCCCGUGCCCCUCCUGCCAGCGGGACGUGGACUUGGGCGAGCGAGGUUUGGGCAGCCUCUUCCGCAACCUGACGCUGGAGAGGGUCGUCGAGCGCUACCGUCACACCAUCAACGUCAGCACGGCCAUCAUGUGCCAGUUCUGCAAGUCGCCGCAGCUGGAGGCGACCAAAGGCUGCACCGAGUGCAAAUCCAGCUUCUGCAAUGAGUGCUUCAAGCUCUACCACCCUUGGGGCACCCAGAAGGCACAGCACGAGCCCACGCCCCCUACGCUUACUUUCCGGCCCAAGGGUCUGACGUGCCCGGAGCACAGGGAGGAAGUGACGCAUUACUGCAAGACCUGUCAACGGCUGGUGUGCCAGUUGUGCCGAGUGCGCCGCACGCAUACGGGCCACAAGAUCACGCCUGUGCUCAGCGCCUAUCAGGCCCUCAAGGACAAGCUGACAAAAAGCCUGACCUACAUCAUGAGCAAUCAAGACACUGUCCAGGCUCAGAUCAACGAGCUGGAAGAGACCCUUCGGCUCACCGAGGUGAACGGGACGCAGGCCAAGGAAGAGGUGGCGCGGCUGAUGCGGGGCCUGAACGCCCUGCUGGAGGAGAAGCAGGCAUCUCUUCUGAACGCCAUCGAGGAAUGCAGGCAAGAGCGGGUCUCCAACCUCCGUGCGCAGCUGCACGAGCACCAGUCCAUGAUGGAGAACUCCGGUAUGGUGGGCUACACCCAGGAGGUGCUAAAGGAGACCGAUCAGCCUUGCUUUGUGCAGGCUGCGAAGCAGAUCCAUAACAGGAUCAUCAGGGCAACCGACUCGCUGCAGUGUUUCCAGCCUGUCGCCAACGCCUCCUUCAGCCACUUCCAGGUGGACGUGAGCCGGGAGCUCAAAUUGCUCACAGACCUCACUUUUAUUAAAGCACCCGAGGCCCCUGUGAUCGACACGCAGCGCACCUACGCCUAUGACCAGAUCUUCCUGUGCUGGCGCCUGCCGCAGCAUUCCCCGCCUGCUUGGCACUACACGGUGGAGUUCCGGCGGGCCGAGCCCAAGGGCAAGGCCCUCAAGCUGUGGCAGCGACGGGAGGAGGUGCGUGGCACCAGCGCUGUUGUUGAGUACCUGGACACUGACUGCAUCUAUGUGCUGCGUGUGAGGGGCUGCAAUAAGGCCGGGUUUGGGGACUACAGCGAGGACAUCUACCUGCACACGCCACCGGCACCAGUGCUGAAUUUCUUCCUGGACAAUCGGUGGGGUUUCAACCGUGAGCGCUUGGCUAUCAGCAAGGACCAGCGGGCCGUCCGCAGUGUCCCGGGGCUGCCUAUGCUCUUUGCCGCCGAGCGGCUCAUGACCAGCUGCCAUCUGUCCAUCGACCUGGUGAUUGGAGACGUGGCUGUCACCCAGGGGCGUAGCUACUGGGCCUGCUGUGUGGACCCCAGCUCGUACCUGGUCAAGGUGGGAGUGGGGCUCGAGAGCAAGCUGCAGGAGUGGUUCCAGGUACCCCAAGACGUGGUGAGCCCCAGAUACGACCCUGACAGCGGCCAUGACAGUGGGGCCGAGGACACCACCUUGGACACGGCGCCCCCCUUCGCUUUCCUGACCAUUGGCAUGGGCAAAAUUCUCUUGUCGCACGGCGUGGCGCUAACUUCACGGGACCCCGGCAACUGCACGGUGCCGUUGCCUCCCCGGGUGGGCAUCUGCCUGGACUACGAGCACAGCAAGGUGACAUUCUACGACGCCGUGUCGUUCCGCAGCCUGUGGGAGUGUGGCAUCGACUGCUCGGGGCCCGUCUGCCCGGCCUUCUGCUUCAUCGGCGGUGGUGCCCUUCACCUCCAGGAGCUGGUGGCUAACCGCCAGGAGCGGAAAGUUACCAUUGGCGGGUUCUCCAAGCUGGACUGA